AUGCGGACGGAUCGUAGCUCACCCCAGCUAUCCACGGCGAGCACCAGCCGGAGCACCACCGCCGCCGCCAAGCACGGCGGUCUGCGCGCGCCCCCCCCCGCCGCCGCCGCUGCCGCCUCCAUCUUCCCGGUGGAUCCGGAGCUAGAGCGGACUUUUCGAGGUCGCGGGGCGGCGGUGACGGGCGUGUCGUACUCUCCCGACAUGAAACAGCUCGUGUCUUCGGCGACCGACAACAACCUCAUGGUCUGGACGUUCCGGGCCCAGCUGCGGGCCCUCAGGCUCAAGGGACACUCCGCUACCGUGCACCACGCCGAGUUCUCGCCGAACGGUUCGCUAGUCGCCUCGGCGUCGAAGGACAGGACCGUGAGGCUGUGGACGCCCUCGGCUAGGGGGGGGUCGAGCGUGCUCAAGGGGCACAUGGGCGGGGUGCGGCACGCGUCGUUCUCGAGGAACGGGCGGCUGCUGAUCACCGCCUCCGAGGACAAGACAGUCAAGAUUUGGUCGCUGCCCUCACAGAGAUUCGUCUGCACCCUGAACGGCCACAACAAUUGGGUCCGUUGUGCGACGUUCAGCCCCGACUCCCGGCUGGCGACCUCCUGCGGGGACGACAAGGCGGUGCGGUUGUGGGACGUGCAGACCCAGGACUGCCUCCGAACCUUCUUCGACCACGACGGCCCCGUGAGGCAGGCGCGCUUCCACCCGGACGGCACGUGCGUGGCCGCGUGCUCCGCGGACCGCACCAUCAAGGUGUGGGACGCACGUUCCCACCAGCUGCUUCAGCACUACCCUGCCCACGACGGGGAUGUGACGUCGAUCAGCUUCCACGAGUCGGGCAACUUCCUCCUCUCGUCUUCUACCGACGCCAGCCUUAAGAUAUGGGACCUGCGUGAAGGCCGGCUGGUGUACACCCUCAAGGGCCACUCCGGCCCCGUCACCGCCUGCGCCUUCAGCACGGACGGCGCCCGUUUCGCCUCCGGUGGGGAAGACGGGCUCGUCAUGUCCUGGAGGAGUCACCUAGACAAUCGCCUUGCCUCCGUCGGCGGCGGCGGCGGCGGCGGCGGCGGCGGCGGUGGCGGCAGCGUUAGAGCCCCGACGGGCUUCGAGGAGGGAGCGAUUUUGGUGGGGGAGGAGGAGGAGGAUGGUGAUGAUGCGGCGGCGGUGAAGGGCGUUGCUAGGCGGGGGGGGUUGGCCGGUUCGGGGGGUGGGCAGCCGCGGACGGCUCUCGGCACCCGGACGACAAACGCAAGGGUUUCCACUCCCGGCAGGCCCGCAGGCAGCGGAGUCGGCGGGGGCGAGCGGCGGCCCGUGUCGGGGGGAAGGCGACGCCUGGAAACGGCGACGGCAUACCCCGCGGACCUCGAGGAGGACGGGGUGGCCGAUGAUGGUGUUGGGGGCCCGGCCCCGGUUGGCGCUGCUGCGAAAGAACGGGACUCGUAUGAGCUGCUGGGCGGGCGCCAGAGCGAACGUCCUUUGUCGGCAACGGCGGCGGCGGGGGCGGCGGCGCUCGCCGCCGCUCCGGCGAUAAGAACGGCGGCGGCCGAUUGGCUUAGCGCUGGCGAGGACGACUAUCGCGGCGGCGGCGCCGUCUGGAGGGAUUGGACGGCGCCGGCGCCGGCGGUGGGGGCGGCGCCCGAAGCGGCCGGCGCUAUCUCGGCCCCUGGCUCGUUCAGAAGCGGAGCAGCAGCAACAAAAUUCAGCGGAGGGGAUAUGUUUGGCUUGGGCGAAGCAGCGCUUGGAGGCCCCGCGCAUGGCCGAAGGGGAGGGGCAGCAGCGGCGGUGAGAGGUGCGCCCGGGAGAGGUCUGCUGGAGGGAGGCGGGGUGUGUGGUACUGGUGGUGGCGGGGGGGGGGCUCCGCGGAGGAGCUUGGAGGUGGACCGGGGGGCCCUGCCGGAAGCGUUGGCGGGAACACUGGACCACAUCGUGGGUCAGCUCGACAUGUUGACGAGGACCGUCGGGGUCCUCGAGCAGCGCCUUACCCUGACAGAGGACAGGCUUCAGCAGGGAGAGAGGGUCGCGGACACCUCACCCUGA